AUGAUAUUCGGACUCGGAACGACGCCGCAAGCUUUAAAAACCUUGGUGCAAAACUUCCCAAUCCAUAAACAACGAAGUUACCAAUUGGGAAGGUUGCGAGUAGAAAAACGAAGCUUGCGAGGUCUUUCCGAGCUCAGUAUCAAUUCACUUCGUCUUUGGCCUUUGAAGUUCAUGGUUGAUUGCGUUCAAAACAAGUUUUUUUAUUUAAAAAUGGAAUCGAAUAAUAUCUCGGCAAUCACAAAAGAUUGCUUCUCUACUACUGAAGAAUUGGAAAAUCUUCAACCAGGAGAUACCUCGUAUGAAUUAACAGGAGUCAUCAUCAAAAUCGAGACACCCUUAAGGCGUAAAUCCGGACUGCAGGUAUCAUCGGAAAAUGCACCAAUGCGCUGCAUUUUUUCUAAUUUAGAGAGGAAAAUUCGGGUACUCUUUUGGCCGCCUAAGAGAGACGAAUUUAAGGAGCGUUUGCUUAACAAAAUUAUGAAGCCUCAAAUCAUCGAGAGCAAUCCACAAUACUUCAAAACGGAAGAAGGCUUGCUACUCGUUGAAAUUUCCAUACAAAAGUUCACUGAAGUGGAAAUUCUAAACCCCUGGAUACCAGAGGAGGAUUCAUGUUCACCAGUGGAAUUAAAGAAUUGUGCCGAGUUCAUCGGUCGCCGAAUAUCUGUUGUAGGAUAUUUGAAAACACCCUUUCAGUCUAUCGUUCAAGGGAACAGCUCGUAUGGCAGUGGAGCAAUCACUGAUUUAACGUUCAGACUGCCAAUCAACAUAACGUCGUUUGACGGCAUUUCAUCUCCGUGUAGAGGAGCCUGUGUUGAAAUUAAAGGACAAUUGAGGACUAACAAUUAUAAAACAAUUAUUCUUCAAGUAGAUUCGAUGAGCGAUAUAAGUAAGGCGAACGACGAAGUGAUGACCGUAAUUGAAAUGAGGAAAGGGGUUUUCGUACUAAUUCCAGAGGAAAAUAAAGUGCCUGAUGCUCGUAAAAAAUCCCUUCCGGAAGAGAAAAAAUCGUGUGAAUCAAAGAAAAUGAAGAAAAAUUCAUCCCAAGAAAUAAUGGAAGAAAAUGAGGAAAAUUUAAACAUGGAAGAUCUUUUAAUAUAA